AUGAAAUUAUUGGUUAAGCGUGAAAAUCAAAAUGAAUUUAGUUUCGAUGUAAUAACAAUUAAUUGUAAAAAUCCACCAAAAGAAUUUCAAGAAAUAUCUAAGAAAUUACCAACGCUUGUACAUGGCGAGGUUAUAUUGAAUGAUAUUGAUGAAAUCGAAGAUUAUUUAGAUACAAUGUAUGAAAAUUAUAAAUUAAAUGUAGAAGAUCAAGAAGCAUUUCAAGCUCAAAUGGAUGUUUUUACAAAAUUUUCCUAUCUUAUCAAGGAUGUCAGCAGUAAUCCACAACAGUUAUUAAUUGAAUUAGAAAAAAUUGAUCAAUUUUUAGCAAAACGAGGACUUGAUUGUUCAUUAUUACCUAAAUUACAACAUAUUCGAGUGGCAUUAAAUUACAUAAGAAACAUGUCAAUACCCGUUAAAUUUGGCUCGUUAUGGCGUUAUUUAGCAUUAGCCUAUGAAAAUGAUUCAUUUGUAAAAUCUUGUCCAUCCGACCAAGAAAUUGUUUGGCAUUGGAUACGUCAUGAAGCAUCACCAAAAGAAGUUUUACAAUUACAAAAGGAGGAACCGAAAUAUUCGUUCGAUGUACCAAAUUCUAUACGUAAAAGAUAA